CGUCAUCCGACCAUCAAAUCAGACCUACCAUGUCGAGUCGUCGUAUUCUGUUGGUUUUGCGUGUUCUGCUGGCCGUCUUGGCCGUCAUGGCUACGAUUGAAGCGGCUCCUCAUCGUCGAUCUCCUCGUCCACGUCGACAUCUCGAGGCCAUUCUGUCUGGUCUACUUGGAACGCAAUACGGUUACGGGAAUCCGUAUGAAGCGGCUGCCGCUUACGGGUAUGAAGGAUAUGGUGCAGAGUACGCUGGAUAUGGUCAGGGUGAGGAAGGAUAUUACGGUUAUGGCGGUGGAUAUGGCGGCGGCAAUGCGCCAAUUACAAUUGAGAUUGAAGCCAAAUAGAAAUUGUCAUUAUUCUCUUAUUUAAAAUUUUUUAAAAUUUAUUGAAUUUAAUUUUUUUCCCGGUCACGUAUAACGAUGUUGAUGCAAUACACAAAAUGCUGAAUCAUUGAAAAUUGUGGGAGGAAUUGGAAAUCUUUUCUUGAGCAAGUCAAUUGCAAGUGAAUAAUUAUUGCUGCUCGAGACACCUAAUAUAAUUAUUUCCGUGUCGCUAGAUGAUGAUUUUGAAAAACUGGAAAUAAUACUUAUUUCAGGGAAUAAAAAGGAUGUUAUUCAAUGGUCACAUUGACGUGUCGCGUCACGUCAAUUAAUUUUGUUUUCCUUUAUUGAUCGAAUUUUUUUCCCUUCCCUAUUUUUGUU